AUGGCAGGCUUGAAAGAGCUGUUUGGCGUGGAUAAAUGGGCGAAGGCCAUUAAGAUCGUCAAAGAUGCCGGAGGAAUUCGCGGUGCAAUUAGGCAACGUUAUUUGUAAGUGCUUGAUGUGGGUAUAAGGUUGUUUAGGACUGAUCAGAGCAAGACUGGUGAGUUGGUGGGAUCAGACAAGUUCGGCAACAAAUACUAUCAGGACAACUCUUUGUUCAUGCCCAGAAACAGAUGGGUGGUCUAUGAUCAAAAGCAAUGGCUAGAUUAUGAUGCUAGUCAGGUCCCCCCGGAAUGGCACAGAUGGCUCCAUCAUAUGACUGAUGAGCCCCCAACUAUUAAGCCUCCAGUUGACCGCAAAUGGAUUCUCGAACACAAGGAGAACACUUCAAUCUACAUGUAAGUUUGUAUUAUUAGGUUGAUUCAAGUUUCCCGCCGUGUCUUUAUAAAUUUUUUAAAUCUUUCAACCAACAGCCAAUGUGCGAUACAUAUGCUGUUAGAAAGGGGAACCUAAUAUUUCCAUCAAAGAAAUUUUUAUUUUAAUACAAUGUUAUUUGAAUUUAUUUCGUACUUUCUUCUGUUUCUCAUAUUCGAAACAAAUAGGAAUGUCAUCGGAAUUAAGUACCGGAGCCAGAUCUUGCACCUGGCCUCGGUUCGUACGUUGAGUUGAAUGAUUAAUAAGAUUAUUUUCUUCAGGAACGAGAAGUAUGUGCCCUACUCCACCACCCGACCCAAAGUCCAAGGCUGGCAGCCCCCCAGCAAAGAGUAA